CGUGCGUUAUAAUUGAUUUUAAAACUGUAUUAUACCUUGAAUGCAGCAUUAUGUAGUUAUUUAACCGUCUUAUUAAAUAAUGAGCGCCAGGAUGGUAGUGUUGUUUAGCCUAGUGGUGACAUGUCUACCACGACAUGAUAGUGGUCUGCCACAAAAUGGUAUAGCCGUUAUGUUCGUGAACUCAACUGACUACACGACUCACCUGGUUGUGCCCAUACUGUUUAACUAUAGCACGUUCAGUGACUUUUACGACUGCUUGCAAUCUGGACAUGAUUCAUGUGGUGGUCACUACAACAACGGUAGCGUUAGCAAUGUCUACCACAUCGGUGAAGUCUCAAACAGUUCACAUAUAUGUUACUACUGUAUGGCGUGGUACAACCAACACAAUUUCACAUGCGAAAGAAGGGAAUUUAAUGAUAACAGCUCGGAUUUAAAUGUAUUUUCGUUUUCUUUCAUCGAUGAAAGUUGUGUUCAUUUAGUUAAAACGCAUUGCGGAGAAUAUAUCACAUUUGUAGGCAUUAAUAUUACAUCGUGCAUGAACUCUGCCUCCACGGGUUGUGUAAAGAGAACAAAUGUAGUAGAUCAAACAUCUACUGAACCUUUUUUGACUGGAGAACAGGUUUCUUCAGGCGAUAUCACAGACGAGCAGACUUCUAUAAGGUCUACAAGCAUAGUUCAAUCUACGUCAGCUGUUACGCCAGAAACAGUAAACGACACCGAUAAAAUAACCACCAAAUCUUCCUUGACCAAAGAACAGUUUUCGUCAAGUGAUAUCACACACGAGCAGUCUUCUGUUUCAUCUACAAGUAUAGUUCAAUCUACAUCAGCUCUAAAGAUAGAAACAAUAUAUGACACCGAUAAAAUAACCGCCAAAUCGUCUUUGACCGAAGAACAGUUUUUUUCAAGUGAUUCCACUGUCAGGCAGUUUACCGUAAGGUAUACCAGUAAAGAACAAUCUACAUCAGCUGUUCAAUCCCAACCAGUAGCUGACCCCACGAUUAUUGCCGUUUCUGUUACCAUCCCCUGUGUUAUCUUUAUCAUCGUCAUACUCGUUCUUAUAUGCACCAGAAAAGCUUUAAUCCGGAAACUGCGAACGCAUCGAAACACGAAGCAAUGUACGGAAGCUUCAACACUACACACCGUAAACAUUGAUCUUCCUGCAUCUGAUAGUGUACAGGCUAACAUUAUACACGAACUAUCUCAAUGUAAAUAUACUUUUAACGAAAAACCUAAUGAAAAUCAAAAUGCUUCGACACAUGAAUCUAUAAUUACUACUUCAUUGGAUGACGCUCCAAAUCUUGAAACAGAAAACACUGGCAUCGCUCUCUACAACAACAUUCAAAAUAACAGUUCUGUAGUGUAUACAAAUGUUGAGGGCACAAAUGAUAAUGGGAGUUGUAUUCGUACAUACAAUAAAAACGUUGAAGCCCAUACUUUGCUUGAAGAUUUAGAUGGGCAGAAUAGUGGGACAGUUUACUCUAAACUGGGUGAGAUCAAACGAGUGGCUGACAAUCCUUACAACAAGCUGGCGAGUGUUGAAGGGGUUUGUGAUGGUCUGUGAUUCACUGAUACCAGUCCAGCGUCGGACAUUGGUCAGAUGGGUGAUCUGCAAUCGAACAAUCACAAUUGAUUUGCAGUCACUUAUUC